AUGCAAGUAGCUUUUUUGUCCGAAUUCUAUCAGACGGUGCGGGACAAGUGCUUCGACAAGUGCGUCACGAAGCCCAGCAGCAGCCUGAGCAGCAGCGAGCAGCAGUGCCUGGCGCGGUGUUGCGACAGGUACGCCGAGGCGACCCAGAUAGUGACAAAGGCGGUCCUUGACAUGAGCGGCCUCGAGUGA